GCACAAAUGAAUCAAUAUAUGGUAAAAAAGAAAAUAGAUUGCGCAGACUGUAAUGAUGGAAACAUGUCAUGUGUAGGUGGGAAAGAAGAGGACAUUGCCAUUAUGGAUGAUGUAUGCGCUGUUCUGUCACAUUGGUGAGAGGAGCUGUGCAGCCGCACCAGUCAAAUCGUCUUGACUGUGUGUUGAGUAGCUGAGACCUGUCUUAUCUUCACCUCAUAAUGCGCAGGCGUGAUCCUAUCUGAGCCUUGCAAAAAGCUUUUACCAUCUGAACUAGACGUCGUGUGCGCUGCUCUUCUUUGGCGCUCAAACGAAUGCUAAAAAAAACCCAACUGAUAAAUAUAUAUUUUUACAGAUCGCGUGCAAAUACAGCCAAGACAUGAAGGCUUCUCUGGUGGCUGAUCUCUCCGAACAACAUAAUUCAACCUGUGGAUAGUGUGGAGCGCGUCUGUGGCCACCGGCCAGUCUCCGGCUAUCUGGGACGCUCUGCCUCCAGCCUGCUGUGCGCGUCUUUUUACCGUUGGCUCCGCUCCGUGUCGGCGUGGGAUCCGGUGUUCCGUUUGACCUAAGCUGUGAGCAGGUAUUCAGUUUAUGAAUGGCACUGACAUGGAGGAAAUACCGUUUCAGAAAGUCAAAACCAGGCGGAAGAGAAGUCACUGUCCAACGGGCGUCCCUUUGACCACCAUCGCGUGUGAGGACGAGUUCGACUGCAAGGAGCUCGAGUCCCUCUUCCAGAACUACAACCUGAAACUGGAGCAGACGUCCACUCUCAAAGCCCUGGCGGUCCUCAUCUUCCUGUCCUCGACACUGGCCGUGGUGGAGUUGCUGUCCGGCCCCAGCCUCACCAUCUCCAAGGGGUCCCAUCCGGUCCACUGUGUCAUCUUCGUCUCCCUCUUCAUCGUAACUAAUGUCAAGUACCUGCAAGUGACUCAGCUGCAGCAGAUUGUCAACCUGACGCUGCUCUUCGGCUUCACUUUCUCUUUCCUCUGCUGUCCCUUCUCGCUGGGCGCGAUGGGGAUAGAGCCCCCGACGUCCCCGGAGCAAGGCGUGUGGCAGCUCAUCCUGGUCACCUUCGUCGCCUAUGCGCUCCUACCUGUGCGGACACUGUUGGCGGUUGUGUUUGGAAUAAUGGUCUCCAUCUCGCAUUUGAUUGUGACUGCCACUUCUGUCACGGUGAAAACACAGAAACUAUGGAGGACGUUGGUUGCCAACACAGUGCUGUUCACCAGUGUCAACCUGUCAGGGCUGUUCGUGCGCAUCCUGACAGAACGAGCCCAGAGGAAGGCCUUCCUCCAGGCUCGCAACUGCAUUGAAGAGAGACUCCGCAUGGAGGACGAGAACGAGAAACAGGAGCGCCUGUUAAUGAGUCUGUUGCCCAGGAACGUAGCUAUGGAGAUGAAAGAGGAUUUCCUGAAGCCCCCAGAAAGGAUCUUUCACAAAAUCUACAUCCAGCGUCAUGACAAUGUCAGCAUCCUGUUUGCAGAUAUCGUCGGUUUCACCAGUCUGGCCUCCCAGUGCACAGCCCAGGAACUGGUUAAACUGCUAAACGAGCUGUUUGGAAAGUUUGAUGAGCUUGCCACAGAGAACCACUGUCGUAGGAUUAAGAUUCUGGGAGACUGUUACUACUGUGUGUCUGGACUGACACAGCCCAAGACGGACCAUGCCCACUGCUGUGUAGAGAUGGGUCUGGACAUGAUUGACACCAUAACGUCAGUCGCAGAGGCCACAGAAGUCAACCUAAACAUGCGCGUGGGCUUGCAUACGGGUCGGGUGCUGUGCGGAGUGCUGGGCCUCAGGAAAUGGCAGUAUGAUGUGUGGUCCAAUGAUGUGACCCUAGCCAAUGUGAUGGAGGCUGGAGGACUACCUGGAAAAGUCCACAUCACCAGAUCUACACUGGAGUGCCUAAAUGGAGAUUAUGAGGUGGAGCCUGGAAACGGUCACGAAAGGAACGCCUUCCUCCAAAAACAUGAAAUUGAAACCUUCUUUAUAGUGCCAUCUCACCGACGGAAGAUAUUCCCAGGAUUGAUUCUUUCGGAUAUAAAGCCCGCCAAAAAGAUGAAGUUCAAAACUGUGUGCUACUUACUAGUGCAGCUUAUGCACUGCAGGAAGAUGUUCAAGGCUGAGAUUCCCUUCUCCAAUGUCAUGAACUGCGAGGACGGUGAUAAGCGGAGGGCCAUGCGGACAGCUCCACAGAAGCUGAGGAGUCGUUCCAACACAAACCAGGCUAAUGUGAUCCAGAGCAGCCCCAGAACCCGGGUCAACCGCUACAUCGGUCGUCUGAUCGAGGCCCGCCAGACCGAGUCAGACACAGCAGACCUCAACUUCCUCACACUCAUGUAUAAGUGCUCUGAGCGCGAGCAGAGGUACCACCAGGUUCCUGAUGAGUACUUCACCAGCGCAGUGGUCCUCUCUCUGAUCCUAGCUGCCUUGUUUGGCCUUGUCUAUCUUCUCAUUAUACCACAGGGCACAGUGGUACUUGUUCUUCUCGUCUUCUGCAUCUGUUUCCUAGUAGCUUGUAUCAUGUACCUGCAUAUCACUAGAGUACAGUGUUUUCCAGGGUGCCUGACCAUUCAGAUUCGCACUGCUCUCUGUAUUCUCAUAGUGCUCUUAAUCUACGCUGUUGCCCAGGCCUGUGUGGUGGGCUGUAUGCCCUGGUUGUGGGGUAGUGCCAACACCAACAGCUCCAUCGUCAUCAUCGAUUUGGACGGCGGCGCUAACCACACCAUGGCGGAGCUGCCUUGUGACGGUGCCCGCUACGCCUUUCUGUCCUGUGUGGUGGGCACACUCACCCUGGCACUUUUCCUGCGGGUGUCAUGGCUGCCAAAGAUGGCGCUAAUGCUCCUUCUGGGGGUGCUGUAUGUCACCGUGUUGGAGCUCAGCGGUUUUCGCAAGACUGCAGGUGGGGGGUCCUUCCACAUCCGGGGCUACGAGCCCAUCCUGUCUCUGUUGCUCUUUGUCAGUGCCCUGGCCCUCCACUCCAGGCAACUUGACCUCAAACUACGCUUGGACUUCCUAUGGGCUGUGCAGGCGGAAGAGGAUAGAGACGGCAUGGAGAAAGUCAAGCUGGACAACAGGAGGAUUCUCUUCAAUCUCUUGCCGGCCCAUGUGGCUCAGCACUUCUUACUGUCAAACCCCAGGAACAUGGUGAGCCUCGCUAAUAGACAGGCAGACAGACAAACAGACAAACAGGAUCUAUACUAUCAGUCCUACGCUCAAGUUGGUGUCCUGUUUGCCUCGAUCCCAAACUUCAAUGAUUUCUACAUUGAGCUGGAUGGCAACAACAUGGGAGUGGAGUGCCUGAGACUUCUGAAUGAGAUCAUUGCUGACUUUGAUGAGCUCAUGGAUAAGGAGUGCUACAAGGAUAUAGAGAAAAUCAAAACCAUUGGCAGUACGUACAUGGCAGCUGUGGGCCUCGUCCCCACCAUUGGAACUAAGGCCAAAAAAUCUGUUUACGACCAUCUCAGCACAAUCGCAGACUACGCCAUUGAGAUGUUUGACGUCUUGGAUGAAAUCAACUAUCAGUCGUACAACGAGUUUGUGCUGAGAGUGGGAAUCAAUGUGGGUCCAGUGGUCGCAGGGGUGAUUGGGGCGCGGCGACCUCAGUAUGACAUCUGGGGAAACACGGUCAAUGUGGCCAGCAGGAUGGACAGCACUGGAGUGCCGGGAAAGAUACAGGUGACCGAAGACGUCUAUCGCCUGCUGAAUACCAACUACGACCUGGUGUGUCGCGGCAAAGUCAGUGUCAAGGGUAAAGGUGAGAUGCUGACCUACUUCCUGGAGGGCAAAGUUCAGGGCGUGGGCACAGCAACCACGUCUUCAGUGGUGCGAUCCGCCAGCCUGGCACGCCGGAUCCACUCCUGUGGCAAAACAAGCGUCCCAACUAAUCUGGGCAGCGUCUCUUCCGCCGCCAGCCUGACCGCGUACGCCAGCAUGGGCAGCAACAUGCAGAUGAACACCGCCAACAGCAGCAACAGCCAAGCGACAUGCCUGCCCUCGUCCUGUGUGCCUGCAGUGGGCGAGGAGGAUGAAGAGGACGUGGAGGUGACAGAGAUUGAGAUCGAGGCUGUGGCAGCUGUUGCAGAUGUAGCAGUGUAGGAAGAAAGACAGGGAAACAAACUUCACUGAAAAUACAGGAAAGAAACCCUGUGUGGAGGCCAGAGGAGACAAGACAGGGCUCUCCAGGUAUUUCCUAUAAAUCCUGAGCUACUGGCGCAUCCCAGAAUAUGCUCAUUCAGGAUACAAACUUCCGGAGAAAUGACAUGGUGAUACAGACAAUCAUACUCGCUUUUAGGGAUUUUUAACUGCUUGCCACUCUUGGAAGACAAACGUGGAGUGAAGAAAGAAACCCGGAAUCUCAAAUCCUCUUUUUAACAUCUCUAUACCAGAUGAUUAGAUUUGUGGUGUUCCUGGGUUCCCUCAGAUCCAGGUAUAACGUGCAUCUUUGUUUUCUAUGUGGUACAUAUUCCAUUAUGUACAAGGGAUAUGUGCAUUAAUAUCCAGAAAAAGACUGACCAUGCUAUUGCUUUUGCACUGUCUUUCUGAUUAUGCCAAGGAUACAUUGCAUUACUUAACAGUGUAAAAUGGUGUUGUUUCUUUUUUUGGUGUGUGUAAGCAUGCAUGCGUGUACUUGUGAGUGUGUGUAUGCAUGUGUGGUUAAUUCUGAAUUGUAACGAAACAGCACAAAAAUACUUUUUUAUACUCAGAGCUCACUGGAUGAAAUAGGCUUUUUUUUUUUGAGACAUAUUUACAGUUAAUAGUGCAUGACUUUUUAAGAGUUGACAGCCAUAGUAACGGUACUCCUGUUGAAAGAAAACCAAAGUAUUGAGCUUUCCAUAGAUCUUUCAUUUUACUGCUUACAUUGCCUCAACAUACUCGAGAGGAGAGAAAAUGUCGCAUUAGGUUGAACAUAUUUGGCAUACGGGACUCUUUUAGACGUCAUCAGUUGACUUAAAAAGUGUCUUUUUGAACCCUGGAGAGACAGAAUAAGAUUUCCCGAAUAUCUGAUGGGGGUUUUUUUAGCUCUGAUUCACAAUAGUUUUAUAUAAUGUGGCAUGUAUUAAAGGAGAACUUUGAUAUUUUUCAUCCUGGACCCUAUUUUCCCAUGUUUUUGUGUCAAGAGAGAGACCGCUGCAGCCACAGCGGCAAAACAGGCUGCAAUGUGCACUGUCAGUUUACAUUCAUUAAGGCUCAGAUUGUCAUUGGAAGUGUCCUACAGAGAGGUGAAAUCUUCCUUACAUUUCGCUCGUCUGUUUGUUACUGUGACGAAGUCUUGCUCAAGGAGAGGUCUCAGGCCCUGAUCACACAGAAAUCGUUUUAGCAACUGGAGGCAGAGUUUUUGAUUGUUUUCAUUGAGUGUGUUGCGAUCCGCUUCGUGUUUCUGCGCUCUAGGUGCCUGGCAUUUUUGCCAAAGCACUCUGAACUCCUUGAGUUGAAAAUACUUCCACUCAGAGCAGAAAAGCACCCUAUAUCAUCUCUGCUUUUUUCCCAUUGUCCAAAUGGAUUAUUUGAGAGAUGGGCCUUCUGUGAAGGUCACGACAACAAGUUUACGGUUGGUAAACAAUGGAGGAGAAACCAGUGGUAGUGGUUGCUGGAUAUCCAGAGCUAUACGGCUGACAAUGGACAGCAGGUUGUCAAACUGCCCCUGAGUCAUCCUAAAAUAUGCCUGGAAACAGCCAUCAUGGAGGUGAAGCUCCUGGACCAACUGGUAGUACUCCCCGUGAUCCACCCUUAUUUUUAGGGUCUCAUGUACCCACACAGAUCUCCCUUUCCCUGUGCCCAACACACUACUUAAUGACAGCCUCUCACCCUCAACCAGAGCUACAGCAAGUACCCUCUGCCUGAACAUUUUAUUAACUAGCUACUAAUUACUAUGAAUUUUUUAGAUUGAUUCAUUACACGGGAAGGUUAGUGUAAGGACGUGAUAGGUGGUUGCCUGGCAAAAAUAAAAAGAUGCAGUAAGCGUUUUUUUUACUAGUUGCAUUCAGUUUUUAAAAAGGCAGUGCGGUGCACCUUCUGUGUGAUCGGGGCGUCAUUCUGUAAUUUGUGAGACGUGACUCGUUGCAGUAAAAACAACGGUGGUAAUGUUAGUGAGAGAUUGGGAGAGUAUUGCUGGUAAGAGUUUGAUGUGCUGAAGUACACAAAGCAUGACUUAUUGUUAGUUAUCUAAAAGAUUUUUAAUCUCAUGGCUGAAUAUUUAGCUGACCUUGACAAUGUUGAAAAGUCUGUGAGAUUUCAGAACAAGACCUCUUGUCCAAUGAGACUUGGUUACACACACUAAAAAGCAGACCAGUGAAAGAUAAGGAAAAUCAUUUAAUUUCUCGAGCACUUAUAGUGGACAUAAAUUGACGACAAUUGCCCCAAGUGAUUACAUUGCAGCCUGUUUUGCUGCUGCAGCCGCCGUGGCCUCUUUUAAUACUGGACAAAUUUCAAAAUUAUUGUUGCAAUUAGAUGCAAAAACAUAAGAAAAAGGAUUCAGGUUCAAAAAUACUGAACAUUCCCUUUAAGUCUACACACAGACAGUGGUGGCUUUGACACUGAGGAGGCAGUAAAGGUCAAUGAAAGGAACAGAUCAGGUGUUGACCUAAAAUGGAAACUAGUUAAUGCCAAAACUGGACCAGUCAUGAAGUAGGAUCAACAUCACAUAGCGGACCAGUACACCCCUAUGUAUGGUGCUGACAUCUUUGUAGAUAUCCAGGAAGACAUUCAUCCGCACAGAAGAGAGCACAUACAUUACUUAAGCACAUACAAUAAGGACACGACUUCUACAAAUGCACGACCUAGUCCUUUAGCCUAAGCCUUUUAACGCUCCAUGUACAUUGACACAUUUUCUCGAGACCACAGAAACUUUGGUGCAGUGUCGUCUUUCAGGCCUACAUUACCGUACUCCAGCUUUUUUUUCCUUCACUAUAUUUAAGCUACAUCUUCAGUUUUCCUCAAAAGGAAUAUAAGCUUUAGCACGUCUCUCAGAUGCAGUCUCAAAAAUGCGAGGCACUUCAGAUAUCUUUGUAGCCUAUAUCUUUAUCAGCGUUGGACUUUCACUUGAUCUGCAAAAGUGUAAAUACAUCAUGUUUCAAGUUUUUGCCUUACUUAAUAAGCUUACAGUGAUUGCAACCUGCCUUUUUAGAUAUAUUCACUUUGAUAUGCAGAUCAUACUUUUUGUAAA